AUGUUCGCUGCAGUCGCUGCUGGUAACCCUUUACAACUUUCAGAAGAAGUAGCCAACUCUAAUGGAUUACAACAUACUAUUAUUCUCUCUUCGACAAAACCAAAGUCAUACUCUCAUAUUUCAAUAUUUAUUCUACCCAAUGUUACAUUUCCCGAAAACUUUAUUGCUACAGUAUAUUUUAAAUUAGUACCUACGGAUGAUUUCAAAUUAUUUGGUUACUUAUCAUUAGAGAAACCAAGUGCAAUUUUUAAAGUUAAACUUCCUGGUGGUGGUAAUACCAACAAUGGUACAAACAACUUUAUGUCGCCAUCAAAUGAUGGUUUAGGAGAGAUUGAUAUGGAUGAUGACUAUGGCUCUAAUGAAAUGAAUCCUAUGAUGGACGGAAAUGGUCCUCAAACGAAUAAUAACCUUUCGCAAGUAACCAUUGGUAUUUCCAUUGAACCUAGAGAAGAAGGGUUAUUGAAAAUACAGGAGUGGAAACAAGAAAUGAGUAUACAGAACAGCAAGAAUGCUUCGUCAUUGGUGCUGUCUAGACCUAAUGGAGCUAUGGGUAUUCCAUUAGCCGUUCGAACAGCGGGUGAAUUGGCAAAGACAUAUCCAGCUUUAACGAAGGAACUAGCUGCCAAAAUUGUUCAACACGCAUAUAACUAUUUAUCAGGAUUUUUAGAUAACAACGGGAACGUAUCUAUUAAGAGGUUUGACACAUGGUGGGAUAAAUUUAAAAAUAGACUAGAGAAUGAUGGGGCCUUCCUCGAUGAGGUCACCAAUGCAUAA